AGCAUGCAGGCAGGCAGUGGAAAAGGGAUUAUAUAUAUAACCCGGUAUGUAUACAGUGUCUCUAACCUGAUGCAGUGACAAUACUCGCCACUGAACAGCGAAAAGAACAAACUAGGAAUUGCGCGACUGUCAUGAACAUGGUUUUGGGCCAGUCUUCCUGCAGAUAAUAAUAAUAAUAAUAAUAAUUGCGAGUGGCACAGCAGAGCGUAGUUUGGAAGCAGAGCUGGGACUGCACUCCUGUCCAGUGCUGGUUUUCAAGUCACGUGUGGAUCAAUGCCUUGUCUAACUGAGGGAAGCAGGUUUGGAAGCAGAACUAGAAACCAGACAGGAUGUCAUGGUUCAGCGGCGUAUUAGUGCCCAAAGUGGAUGACCGCAAGACGGCGUGGGCCGAGCGCAAUGGCAAGAAGCCCAAACGAAAGGGCGCCUCGUCGUUGUGCAACCCCCGCUACAUGAGCUGCCUGCGGGACGCCGAGACCAUGGAGCCGCCCCCGCCACCACCCAACCGCGCCCACCACCACCACAACCGCACCAACGCUGGGGGCAGCUUCGGAGUGCGCUGCGGCUGGCAGGAGGACCACUACGCCAACAAGGGGGUGGGCAAGAACAGCUCUGGGGGCCACACGGACGUGGGACUCAAAUCCGUGGACCUGGGCUUCGAAGACGGGGAUCUGAAAGCUGGGAAAGCCCUGGAAGAAGGAGGCCCGGUCACGGCUGCGGAUUGCUGGCUCCGGGUGGUGCAGGUGUUCCAAUCCAAGAAAUUCCACUCGACCAAGCUGGAGAGGCUCUACCAGCGCUACUUCUUCAGCAUGAACCAGAGCAGCCUCACCAUGCUCAUGGGGGUCCUGGUGGUUGUUUGUGGGGUCAUGCUCGCCUUCCACUGCAUCCACGGGGAAAACAUGGAAAAUGUGGCCUAUAUCUCGGUUCUGUCCGUGGCCAUGGCGCUCUUCCUGGCCUUCAUGGUCGUGUGUAACCGGAACGGGUUCCACCAGGAUUAUAUGUGGAUCGUCAGCUACCUGGUCAUCACCGUGCUGUUCGUGGUGCAGGUGUUCGGGGUCUUCAACGUGGCCCCCCGCAGUGCCUCGGAAGGGAUAUGGUGGUCCGUCUUCUUCAUCUACAUCAUCUACACCCUCCUGCCCGUCCGCAUGAGGGCAGCAGUCCUCAGUGGGCUUGUACUGUCCACUAUCCAUCUAGUGACCUCCUGGAGACUCAAUCUGGAGGACCACUUCUUAUGGAAGCAGCUCAGUGCAAACGUGCUCAUUUUCCUGUGCACUAACAUCAUCGGGGUCUGCACGCACUACCCGGCCGAGGUGUCUCAGAGACAGGCCUUCCAGGAGACACGCGGUUACAUCCAGGCUCGCCUGCACCUGCAGAGGGAGAACCAACAGCAGGAGCGUCUGCUGUUGUCUGUGCUGCCGAGACAUGUUGCCAUGGAAAUGAAGGCAGACAUCAAUGCCAAGAAGGAAGACAUGAUGUUUCACAAGAUUUACAUCCAGAAACACGACAACGUCAGUAUCCUGUUUGCUGACAUUGAGGGCUUCACUAGCCUGGCAUCGCAGUGCACUGCCCAGGAACUCGUCAUGACCCUGAAUGAACUCUUUGCUCGAUUUGACAAACUGGCGUCUGAAAACCACUGUUUGAGGAUCAAGAUCCUGGGUGAUUGCUACUACUGUGUGUCUGGGCUGCCAGAGCCCAGGGCUGACCACGCCCACUGCUGCGUGGAGAUGGGCGUCGACAUGAUUGAGGCCAUCUCGCUGGUGCGGGAGGUGAUGGGGGUCAACGUGAACAUGCGUGUGGGGAUCCACAGCGGGCGUGUGCACUGCGGGGUCCUGGGGCUGCGGAAGUGGCAGUUUGACGUGUGGUCCAACGACGUCACCCUGGCCAAUCAGAUGGAGGCUGGGGGCAAGGCAGGACGUAUCCACAUCACCAAGGCCACGCUGCAGUACCUGAAUGGGGAUUACGAGGUGGACCCUGGCUUCGGGGGCGAGAGGAACGCCUACCUGAAAGAGCAGGACAUCGAGACCUUCCUCAUCGUGGGCUGCAGCCAGAAACGAAAAGACGAAAAAGCCGUGAUGGCGAAGAUGCAGCAGGCACGUGCCAACUCCAACGAGGGUCUGGUGCCACGCUGGGUGCCCGAGCGCUCCUUCCCCAGGACCAAGGACUCCAAGGUCUUCAGGCAGAUGGGAAUUGAUGAAACUACAAGCAAAGACAACCGCUGUGCCCAGGAGGCUCUGAACCCAGAGGACGAGGUGGAUGAGUUCCUGGGCCGGGCGAUUGAUGCCAGGAGCAUUGACCAGCUCCGCAAGGACCACGUCAAGAAAUUCCUGCUGACAUUCCAGACCCCGGACCUGGAGAAGAAGUAUUCGAAGAAGGUGGAUGAUCGCUUUGGGGGAUACGUGGCCUGCACUCUCCUCGUCUUCUGCUUCAUCUGCUUCAUUCAGAUCAUUAUCUUUCCACAUUCCCCUCUAAUGCUGGGCAUCUACAUCAGCAUCUUUGUGAUUCUCGCCAAUAUUCUCUUUGUGUGUGCAAUCUACUCCUGUAUAAAGGUAUUUCCUGCUGCCAUGCAGACUGUCUCAAAGAAGAUCGUUCACUCCCGGACUAACAGCACCUUGGUGGGGGUCUUCACCCUUGUCCUCGUUUUCAUCUCUGCCUUUGUCAACAUGUUUGCCUGUAACACUGAAGCUCUCCAGGACUGUAUCUCGCGUGUGUUUAACAUCACGCCAGACCAGGUGAACCUCUGCCACAUCAAGAACCACAGCUCCUAUCUCGGGGAUGAACAGCUGCUGUGCGGGGAAGAUAGUCUGGCCUGCAGCUUCCCAGAGUACUUCAACUACAGUGUGCUGCUGAGUCUGCUGGCGUGCUCUGUGUUCCUGCAGAUCAGCAGUAUAGGGAAGCUGGCCCUCAUGCUGGGGAUCCAGUUGGUUUACAUCGUCAUCGUGGAGUGGCCUGAGGUCACGCUGUUUGACAACUAUGACCUGUUCGUCUCAGCCAAUAAGCUGUCUUUCAAUGAAACAAGGUUUGCUUUCAAUGACACAACACCUUGUCAGGUUGGCAAUAACAAGGUGGCUCUGAAGUUCAUGACCCCUGUGGUUCUGACCGUGUUCGUCCUGGCGCUGUAUCUACACGCCCAGCAGGUGGAGUCCACUGCCCGGCUGGACUUCCUGUGGAAACUGCAGGCGACGGAGGAGAAGGAGGAGAUGGAGGAGCUGCAGGCCUAUAACCGCCGCCUGCUGCACAACAUCCUGCCCAAGGACGUGGCCGCCCACUUCCUGGCCCGCGAGCGACGCAACGACGAGCUGUACUACCAGUCCUGCGAGUGCGUGGCCGUCAUGUUCGCCUCCAUCAGCAACUUCUCCGAGUUCUACGUGGAGCUGGAGGCCAACAACGAGGGCGUGGAGUGCCUGCGGCUGCUGAACGAGAUCAUUGCUGACUUCGACGAGAUCAUCAGUGAGGAGAAGUACCGUCAGCUGGAGAAGAUCAAGACCAUCGGCAGCACGUAUAUGGCAGCCUCGGGGCUCAACGACUCGACGUACGACAAAGAGGCCAAGUCCCACAUCGUUGCUCUGGCCGACUACGCCAUGAGACUCAUGGAGCAGAUGAAGUACAUCAACGAGCAUUCCUUCAACAACUUCCAGAUGAAGAUUGGGUUGAACAUCGGGCCUGUGGUUGCCGGGGUGAUUGGAGCCAAGAAGCCUCAGUAUGAUAUAUGGGGGAACACUGUGAAUGUGGCCAGUCGAAUGGACAGCACUGGAGUCCCAGAUCGCAUUCAGGUGACAACGGAUUUGUAUCAGGUCCUGGCUAGCAAAGGCUACCAGCUGGAGUGCCGGGGAGUGGUGAAGGUCAAAGGCAAAGGGGAAAUGAUGACCUAUUUCCUGAAUGAUGGGCCUCAGAGCAGUUAGCAGUGACCCGGGGGCAGGCGCGGGCAGCCACGGAGGUGAAGAAACUCACAGAUCACAUGGAUAAAGGCCUCGUCGAAUCUCAAACUGAAUUUCCAGAAAACAAAAAACAAACACAUUUGUUGAUGUUGUUGUGUUUUUUUUUUUUUAAAUGAAGGCUUUGGUAAACCAGUUUAUGUUACUUGAAGUAAAUACGAAAGGCCCUGUUGGGUCGUUGAAAGGAACUUUUAUGAAACGGUUAAGCUACAGUUUAGAAGAAAAUCAAAUACAGGUACUUCGUCUUCUGUUUCCUUCUUGUCAAUAUGGAUAAUUUAUUUUCUCUGUAGUGUGCGAAAACAAACUCUGAAACCAUUGACCAAAGAACAAGAGAAACCACACCUGGUUAUUUUUUAGUCAAAAACAGACACCUGUGGUCAUUUUAAACCCUCAAUGGUUUGCUAUGUGUGGGUUCCUCAGCUGUUUUCCUACCACUGCAGUACAUUUUUUAAGCUACUGGUGAUCGGCAGUACUUAGCUCUCCUUUUUUAGGGCUCAUUUCUUCAUUCAGAAGCGGAGGAGAUCAAAUGAGUCAUCAAUCUGUUCUUUCUGGUUGUCUUGGAAGUCAAAGACACAACACAAAAGAAGACAAUACCUUUAACUUUGCCUUUAAACUAUCUGCAAAGCCAGUGUGGCCUGCUAGGCCCAAAUGAAAGCCUGGGGCUCCAUUUUUUUUGUUUUUGUUUGGCACGUACAAGGCCUGAACGACACUGUCUUCGGGAUAAUAUAUGCGCAAGUAAACAAAACUGGAGACCAUAUUGUGUGUUUAUAUGUACAAUAAUGACAUUUCUUCUCUUUAAAAGAAGUAUUUUUGGUACAAAAUAAAUAAAUAAAUAAAAACCUUCAGAAAUGAAGACACAAAGGCAUUCUUAAUAUUUCCAUGGUACCAGACAGUAUAUAACCUUCUAAUUCUUAUAGAAAGACUUUUUUUAAAGAAAAAAAAAAUAUAUAUAAAUAUAUAUAAAUAUAUAUAUUAUGACUGAAUACUGUGCUUUAUAAUCUACAAGGAGCGAAAUUAUUUUCACUGUGAAGUUUAUAUGAUACAACAAACUGCUCUCUUGCCAACUCUAAAGCAUGACACUUUUUUAACAUUUUUGCCUCAUUUUGUUUUAUUUUAUUUUAUUUUAUUGUCAUUUUAGUUUUUGUCUUUUUUUGUUUUUUCAAAUCCUGAAUUGAACUUUUCCCACUUCUGUUACAAAGUGCCAGAGUAAACCGACACUAAAACUGCGGUCCAGGUUUUGUUUCAUUGUAUGACGUCUAUACAUUUUAGGAAGUGCCUGGCUUCAAUGUAUAAAUUCAAUUUGUAACUCUUAAUCUUUUAUCAGAUGAAGUGUUCCCACAAAAAUAAAAUCACAAAGCUGAGCACGAGACUGGGGUCAUAUACAAACUGCUCAGCUAAACCAGUGCUAGCAAUGCUUUUGAAAUCUAUUCUCUUACCUUUUAUUAGCAUUAAUGUAAAUGCUAAUAUCUUUUAGUUUUUAAUGUCGAUUCUGUGCAAAUACUGUACAAUCUUUGCAGUAGGAGUUAUUGCAGGCAUCUAGCCCAUUGGGUUGAAUUUGAACUACAACACAAAGUGAUCAGGUACUACGAAGCAGCUGCGUAUUUUAAAUUUAUUAUAAAUACAAGCCAAGUAUCAAAACAUAUUCAACAGAAACGGGACCAUAUUUCUCAUGCUAAUAAGAGGUAAGAACAUUUCAAAGCCUGGGUUAGCAUGUGUUUUUACACAGUAAAAAUGGGUAAGAUUUACUUUUUAUUUUUUAUGAACGCAAUGUAACUUUAAGAGAAUAUGAUUCCAAUGACAUCUUAAAAUGAUAAUGAUAAUGCAGAAAAAGUGAUUCCACAAGUAUUACCUAUUUGAAUGGGUUUCUUAGGCACAGAUGACUUUCAUAUCUUGGCCAGAAUACCUUUUUGAACGGGAGGUUGAGAAAUACAAUAUAUAUAUAUAUAUAUAUAUAUAUAUAUAUAUAUAUAUAUAUAUAUAUAUAUAUAUAUAUAUAUAUAUAUUUUUUUUUUUAAGAAAGUACUAUAACAUUGUACCCCUUUAUAAUAAAGGCAUUCAUUUGUGUAUCUUUCUUAAGCGGCCUGUUUUAUCGUUGUAGUUUUGUUAAACAAAAACAAACAUGAUGUAUGUUUUUACAUAGGUCAUUUUUACAGCGAAUUCCUUUGAUCAGGUAAACAAAAUUAUAAUAAUCAUCAUUUGUGGCUGUAGAAAAGAAUUCCAUAGCAAAAUACCCACCUAGUGUUUUCUCAUUUCAAAGAUAAACUACAACAUUAAAAUAGACUGCACCUGCAGUUACUGUAGAGUGGACAUACAGGGCAGCAUUACAAACACAUUUAGGCUAAUUCCACGCUGUUGUAUUUGCAAUAGCUUUGCAGUUUCAACGGCAUACAGCUGAACUUCAAGAUUAGGCUGAGCAGAACAUUUCACGAAGGUGUUAGCAGCAGCAAUAGGUGUUGAAUUAAGUGUCGCUAGUCACACUGGAUUCUUUGUACACUGAUUCAACACUUAGCUUUUUAUCAGAAUGGUUGUUUUCAAAUAGUCCUUUAGGCUUCAAGUGCAGAUCCAUUGCUUCUUGGUGAAUAAACCAUGUUAGUAUUAACAAUUUGAUUGCCUUUCUGCUGGAAAAAAAGAAGCCAUUGUGUUUUCUUUGAUGGAGUUUUAAGUUCAUGAAAGAUCAUACAAUCAUUUCUAAGCGUAGGAAAAACUAUAACCAUGUUCCUGUAUGUCCACAUAAACAGUAAAGAACUUGUUACAAGAAGGAAAUGUUACAGCUAAAUAAUGGAUUAUUCUUGUUGUUUAGAAUCACUUUGUAUAUAAGUGACUUUUUACAAAGCUUAAAGCUACACUGUGGCCUCAAUAGAGCUCUCAAACAUAUCUCAAAGUACAGCUGGUACACCACAGUGUAACCAGUAACCUGUCCCCCUGCAACACUGCCCCCCGAGGAUGUAGGAAUGAACACAUUUGUUCUAUGUAGUGUUUCAUAGUGUUGCAGGGGGGACAGGUUAGUGGUUACCCUCUGGUUUACCUGCUGUACUCAGAGAGCAGACAUGUUAGAGCUCUAUGGAGGCCAUAAUGUUAAACUUUAAGUCCUCGGGAUGUGAUAACCAAAACAGAAAAAGUUAUGGAACAAAGUGAUUCUAAGCUGAUCAAAUAACUGAUAUUUCAGCUGUUCUUAGUGUGGCCUUUUUAAAAUCUUUUAAAAGUUUGCCCCUUCCCCUUCCCCAACAUGGUUGUAUCAUCUUCUUUGUAUUUUGUUUUUAAUGAUUUAUUUCUGUUCCCAAGACCAUCUCUGAUUCUUUCAUCACUUUGAUGGUAUUGUGCAUUUUGUUCCGUCACUAUUUACUGUAUUUUAUUGCCAAAUCUGAAAUAUUGUAACUGCAGAUAAACUCACAAUGAUCUAUGGCAGUGGUUCUCAGCCUAUCCAGUCCCAGUUUGUUUUUUAUUUGACUGUAUUCAUUUAUCUGUGUGACUCUUGAAUAUAUGAAAUAUUUAAUUGCUAGCCCUUUUUUCUGUGUUUUAUAUUUAUACCUUUCAAAACCUCACCCCCUCCCUCCUCACACUCCAGGCUGGAAACUACUGACCUAGACUAAACCAUGCCUGAAUAUUGUAUUUGGUAAACAAAAGAACAACAAAAAAAACACUUUAUUUAAUUAAGACUUCUAUUGCAGUGGUAUAAUGACUUGUAAAUGUUCUGCAAAAUGCUUUUGCUUUUUGUAAUUUUGCCAAUUUGUAAAAAUAAUAAUAAUCAUGACGAUGAUAAUAAUAAUAAUAAUAAUAACAAUGAACACUUAUGAUCUACAAAACGCUAUAUUUUGUACAUUUACUAUUUGUGAAUAUAAAUGGUAUUCAAUGCUGAAA